AUGCCGAUUCGCAUCCGGUUACGCGCGCCGAAUGGCACCCACACACUAUCACUCGACGACAACGCCGCCGUCUCGGACCUUCUGUCCUCUAUCAGCGAGAAGACAGAACUACCACUCUUCGAGCUGAAAUGGAACCACCCGCCUCAACCGCUCGACCCUUCCCUAUACGGCAUGUCGACGUUGCUGAAGGAUAUCGAUCUCAAGCUGAACGGCGCAUCCAUCAUAGUCAUUGCACAAGCCACUGGUGACCCGAGCGAACGGAAGCAGGAGCAAGAACUACAGGCAAACACAUCACAGGCGGCGCCACUAUCCCUUCAACGGAAGCAGAACUCGGCGCUCAAGGAAACACCCGAGGUUCCCGUGCCUGACCGCGGUGGCACUAUGGUCCUUCGGGUCAUGCCUGACGACAACUCCUGCAUGUUUCGAGCUGUUGGUAGCGCAGUCCUGACAGAUUCUCUCGAUUCUAUGACCGAGCUUCGAUCGAUGGUUGCGCAAGCUAUUCAAAGAGACCCGGAACAGUACAACGAGGCGAUUCUGCAACGCUCUCCAGAUGAGUACUGCAAAUGGAUAUCGUAUGCCGACUCGUGGGGUGGUGGCAUCGAACUCAGCAUCCUUUCCCAAGAGUUUGACAUCGAGAUCGCCAGUGUCAAUGUCCAGGACAACCGGGUGGACCGAUUCAACGAGGGCAGACCGAGGCGCUGUAUCGUGGUGUAUUCUGGUAUCCAUUACGACACUAUCGCCUUCGUGCCCCAGGGUGCGUCCACGCAAGAUCCUUCGCAAGAUGUUAAGAUAUUCGAUGCGACAGACGACGUGAUUCUUGAAGCUGCGAGGGAACUCUGCGGGCAGCUGAAGAAAGCCCACUAUUACACCGAUACACAGAAAUUCGAUCUCAAGUGUAACACGUGCGGUUGGAAAGGGGCAGGAGAACGGGGCGCGAUGGAGCACGCAGCCGAAACGGGACAUAGCGACUUCGGAGAGGCAGACUGA